AUGGCAUUCAUUCACUUCUUACCUGGGAACUACGGUAAUCCACUGCAUUCAUUUUCCCUGCUUGUGGUCCCGUUGAAUUUACCUCACCUCAUCUUUCGACACCUACCGCUUGAGAGAUCCUCAACUGAUUGGGUCCUACGAAUACGACCUUGGCAAUUGGCAUCUGCAAAUAUGUCUUCCAUUGGGCAUCAGAAGCUGCGCAAGGGACGAGCUUAUAUCGUUGCACGUGGAAGGGGACGUGACUGCUCUGAUUUGCGUCAUCGACCUGUGGUCUCGCAUGAGAGAGAGUCCACAAACAGCGAAGACAUCAUUAGCGACAAAGCAGCUGGGAACCCUGGUCAAAAUGCUCACCAUAUGCUUGAAGGCCAUCUCAAAGGGGUCACGAAUAGCACCAGAAGCACUGUCAACAUGGAACGCAUCCUGGAAAGAACAAACAGCAAGCCUAGGUAUCUUUUCCGGGCAUACUCUAGCAAGAGCCGAGGUCUCAAUUCUGAGGGACUAUUCAAGAGUCAGGCGGCUAAAGAAGGCCGGUAUCUGAACGUGGAAUCUUUGACCAAGGAUGAGAUGGCAAAGCAUCUUGAGAACCACAUCGGCAACAAGAACUACGAAAGCCAUUUCAUCUCGUUCUCACUGUCAUUCUUGUGGGUGCUUCAUAAAGCACUCUCAUUGAAAGAGCAGAGACACCAGGACGUCCGGGUCGCCAUGCUCGACACGUGGGACAUUCCACGUAACACCUGGGUUCGACACGCAGACUCGAUGCUGAAAGGCUAUGGCAUCGAUGCCAAGUUGAGAUUGGAAAACCUUGGUGCAGCCGAACUUCUUGUCUGGGAUGAACUCCAGGUCCCAUUGAGUGAGGCAAAACUCAACGACAUGCUUGAGGCUGGUGUGCUGAAGCUGCUUCCGUUUUAUAAGGCUCCAGAAAACCUUGAUAUUGUAACGGAUUCUCCAAUGAUGACGCGAAAAAAGAGCAUCUCGAGAUAUAGGAAGCCUUGUGUUAUCAGGAGCAUGAUUUUCAAACACCUUACAGACGCCAAAGCAUUCGUGCAGGAACUCCAUCAAAGAAUGGCACCAAACUAUUAUCGAGAAACUUAUGUUGCUGGUCGUUCAUUCUACAACAAGAAAUUCAGUAGGUGGUGGCUCCAGCAGAGGUAUACUCCGCUCUCUAAACCGAAGAUGCUUUCUUUUGUUAAGUUCGUGGAGACUUUCUUUAUCACCAAGUACCAAUUCCCGAUGCUGGUAACCAUGCUGUCGAUGCGUUUGGAUGAAAUCGACCCCACCGAUGUCAUUGAAUCGAUGUUCACACUCAGAGAUCGUCCGAUGAUGUUGGGGCAAAAUCAAUGCUUCAAGGGCAAAAAUCGACGAGGGCUGAAGGAGCUGGACUCAUUCGAGUGGUUACUUGAACAAUGUGCAGAAGCUCUUGGGAUUCCGUGUAGAACAUUUGAGAAUUGGCAUGAAACUCGGUUCACGAUGCCACAGGCCCUGGCCGUUGUUUCGCAGCCGCCUUCUCCAACUUACGGAUGGCAGAAGAACUUCGAAGGAAAAUUGAAGCUGAAUUUGCGGGAGGAUAGAAAGGAUGCAAGCGCGGAGGAGGGACUCGUACUUGCCAAGGACCUAACGCAGCUUCCUGGGGCAGGAAAGCGCAAGGCUGAGUCUGAGUUGGAAAGGGAUAUCGUUAGGAAAUGCGGGUCAACACAAUCCAGCCAGGCUGAAGAAGAAGCAUUUGUACAGAAAUUUCUCGGAAGGAUGUGCAAAAUUGGCUGA